AUGGGUGGCAGCAACGAUUGCUGGAGCAGCCCCUUGGUACUUAUCCUGUCCGCCGUCAACCAGGAAGCACAACAUCUUUGUGGGCUGCUGUCCGACAGCAUGGAGGGUUGCCGGAGGUUAGCUAACGGCUGGUGCUGGCCGGCACAGGCUGGAAGCGGCGCAAGAAGUUUCAUCGUCGCUACUGAAUGCCCCUCCGCCAGUGCAGCUCCGAAGACCAGGAAGAGGGUGAGGGACGACAGUGAUUUCAAGAGAGUCGCAGAGAUCGUUAUGGUUUUGUCGGCCUUGGGACAUAUGCGACACGUCAAGGAGCUGGCGGCGACCGAGAAGGCGCUGGUGACCGAGGCCCAGGAGAGGCUUGUGGUGAUCCGCCCAGGAUGUCCAUCGUAUGCGACGGACACGUUCGAGAAGCUAGAGAAGGUCGGGGAAGGAACGUAUGACAAGGUUUGCAAGGCGCGGGAGAAGGCCACCGACAAGAUCGUCGCUCUCAAGAAGACCCGCCUCCCCGAGGAUGAUGAGGGCGUUCCUCCCACCACGCUCCGCGAGGUCUCCCUCUUUCGCAUGCUUUCCAUCGAUCCCCAUGUCGUCAGGCUUUUGGAUCUGAAGCAAGACCAGAACAAGGAGGGGCAAACCAUUCUCUACCUAGUCUUUGAGUACAUGGACACGGAUCUGAAAAAGUACAUCAGAAGUUUCCGCCAGAGUCAUGAAAUGAUGCCACCAAUGACUGUUAAGAUUUUGAUGUAUCAACUCUGCAAAGGAAUUUCAUUCUGUCAUGGUCAUGGAGUGUUGCACAGGGAUCUUAAGCCUCACAAUCUUUUAAUGGACCGCAAGACUAUGAUGCUAAAAGUUGCGGAUCUUGGACUCAGUCGUGCUUUCACCAUUCCCCUCAAGAAAUACACGCACGAGGUCACAUAUCUUUUAGCUUGUAUUGGAAAGCACAGCAUUUGAAAAUACCU